CCAGCCUUCCCCGGCCGACCUGUGCUUACGACCGCGGUGGGAGCCGCGUCUCAGGCUCCGCCGCCAGCCGGGGCUCGGGCUGGGGCCCGGGCCCCCGGGGAUGGCCCUCCGGCCCUCACAGGGCGACGGCUCCGCCGGCCGCUGGGACCGAGGCGCGGGGAAGGCAGACUUUAAUGCCAAAAGGAAAAAGAAGGUGGCAGAGAUACACCAGGCUCUGAACAGUGAUCCCACCGACGUGGCUGCCCUCCGACGAAUGGCCAUCAGUGAGGGGGGCCUCCUGACUGAUGAGAUCAGGUGCCAAGUGUGGCCCAAGCUCCUCAAUGUCAGCACCAGUGAGCCACCGCCUGUGUCAAGGAAGGAUCUGCGACACAUGAGCAAGGACUACCAGCAAGUGCUGCUGGACGUCAGGCGGUCUCUUCGGCGCUUCCCUCCCGGCAUGCCAGAUGAGCAGAGAGAAGGGCUCCAGGAAGAACUGAUCGACAUCAUCCUCCUCAUCCUGGACCGCAACCCGCAGCUCCACUACUACCAGGGCUACCAUGACAUCGUGGUCACUUUUCUGCUGGUGGUGGGCGAGAAGCUAGCAACAUCCCUGGUAGAAAAAUUGUCUACCCAUCAUCUCAGGGAUUUCAUGGAUCCCACGAUGGACAACACCAAGCACAUCCUAAAUUAUCUGAUGCCCAUCAUUGACCAAGUGAGCCCCGAGCUCCAUGACUUCAUGAAGAGUGCUGAGGUGGGGACCAUCUUUGCCCUCAGCUGGCUUAUCACCUGGUUUGGACACGUCCUGUUGGACUUCAGGCAUGUUGUGAGGUUAUACGACUUCUUCCUGGCCUGCCACCCGCUCAUGCCCAUUUACUUUGCAGCUGUGAUCGUGCUGUACCGGGAGCAGGAAGUCCUGGACUGUGACUGUGACAUGGCCUCUGUCCACCACCUGUUGUCCCAGAUCCCUCAGGACCUGCCAUAUGAGACGCUCAUCAGCAGAGCAGGAGACCUCUUUGUUCAGUUUCCCCCUUCUGAACUUGCAAAGGAGGCGGCUGCUCAGCAGGAGGCUGAGAGAACGGCAGCCUCUACUUUCAAAGACUUUGAGCUGGCAUCGGCCCAGCAGAGGCCAGACAUGGUGCUGCGGCAGCGGUUUCGGGGACUUCUGAGGCCUGAGGCUCGAACAAAAGAUGUCCUGACCAAACCAAGGACCAACCGCUUUGUGAAACUGGCAGUGAUGGGGCUCACAGUGGCACUUGGAGCAGCAGCAGUAGCAGUGGUGAAGAGCGCGCUGGAGUGGGCCCCUAAGUUCCAACUGCAGCUGUUCCCCUAAACUCAACUAAGGAGCCACUAAGCUCUCCCCAUUUCCAGAAAGAGGGUGGAAUUGCUGUGAUUAAAGGGAUUCUGUCAGGGGUGUUCUGUCUGCCGCCCUUGGCAGCUUGUCUUUUGGCUUUGGUGGCUAGUGGCAGAGCUGGCUGCUUGACACUGGGCUCAGUGGACCUGGGUGCUCUCUGCAUCUCUCCCUGUUGGAAGUGGCUCUGGAGCACCUGGCUACCCAAUUCACUGC